GUCAUCACGCCGUCCGGAACGUGCAGACAGAUACCUCGCGGACGCGCAUAUUUGAAAACUGCGACAGUUUGAAGACAUUCCGAAUCAUCCAUCAUGGCCGGUAUUAAGACGAUAAUAGGGCUGUCCUUCGUCCUCGCGAUAGGCUUCCUCCUCGUCAUCCUGUCCGCGGCGCUGUUCCACAACUACCUCACGCUCCUCGUUGUCGCAACCUACGUGAUUGCGCCGUUACCGAACUGGCUAUGUGGAAGAGCAGCAAGCAAUGAUGACUUCAUGGAGAGCCAUGGAAACGGUGUUGUAGACUUUGGAAGGUUCCUUACUGGAUUCUUCGUGGUCAUGGGCAUUGCCCUCCCCACCCUUCUGUGGCACUCGGCGCAAAUCGCAGGAGGCGCAGCAGCCAUGUCUGUCUUCGGCGGUCUUCUGAUAUAUGCGACCAUCAUCAGUUUCACCCUCUUUUUCCAGGAGCAAGAAGACUUCUGACUAGCCGGCGGAACCGAGUGAUCGACAUAUCUUGUCCUGACGGAUCUCCCAGCGCCCCGACUUGCGGAGCACUUCAGGCGGCGUAUCCUGUGCGUGGGCUAGCGGCGCAUACAGUUAGCCCAGUGUGCACUUUGUUCAUAAUUAGUGUCUACGAGUGUUGUAUCAGUAGCUGAAUUUAGCGAUUUCCCAUUGUUA